GUGAGAAACUUCAACUUCAUCCUUCAUCUAUGGCGUUAUGAUUUUGUUUUAAGAAAGCGUUAACUUAAUACCGGAUAAUAUUGUUUUUAUUGUUCGUAUUUUUUGUGCCUUGACGUAAUUACAAUUGGAAUUUCUUGGUGAGUUUUUGGUUUACCUGAUAUAUUGUUAGGCAAACGACUUGUCAUUUUACUGUCGCUUGAAAAUCAAUAAACAGGAUCCCACUACAAUGAGAGGGGAUGACGUUGCCAGUCUCCAGCUAUGAAGAGUUGCUCACUAGAGUUCGUAGUUUAACGCAGGAAACUCGCCUACUUCAACGGCAAUUGGACACCCCCCUUUUGGACUCUACUGACAACGAUCCAGACGUCUAUCUCGGAGACAGAAUCAAAGAAAGUGUAUAUCUUCAAGAUAUAGUCAAAAAAAGAGAAGAGAAAAGAGAAGAGAAAAGAGAGAGAAGAAGAAUUAGGAGGAGGAGAAGAAGGGAAAGGGAAAGUCAACGGGAAGAAAAAGAGGCUGAAAGAAAGAAACAGGAAAGAGAAGCAAAAGGGGAACGAGAAGGGGAAAAUGCACCAGAAAACAAUGAAGACAUUGCUGGAGUAAGUGGAAAAAAUGCACAAGCAAGUGGAGAAAAUGCACAAGUGAAUGUCAAUAAUAAUAAAAAAAGAAAACGUGUUAAUGAGUAUACUUCAGCCGAACUUGAUGCGCUUAUCAGAUCAAGAAUUGAAAAAAGUUCCAAACUUAUUCGAGAAAGUACUGAAGGGGAAAUUGAAGAAAGCAGAAGACGACAUGGGUUAUUAAUUGGCAGACAUCUUACUACAGCAAAUACCACAGAACCUGUUAAAGAAAAUAUUGAAGAGAACACCUCAGAUAGCGACUCAGACAGCGACUCAGACGGCAGUUAUAUUUGGAGCAAAUCCGCAACCAGUACCGACUCUGAAAUAUCAACCUCUCCACCAAGAUCUGAAUCACCAAAAUCUCUUCCAGGAACAUCUCCAAGAGCCCCUCCAAGUGCAUCACCAAGAUCACUCCUAAGAACACCACCAAGAACACCUCUAAGACAACUUUUAAUGUCGAGUUUAGGCAGCACACCUAGAACUCCGAAUACUCCAGUUGUAAACGUUCUUUCUCCGGAGGAAAUUAGAAAUAUACCGAUGCCUCCGACGCCUCCGUUUCAUCAGAAUGCUCCGAUACCUCCGAGAACCCUGUCGUCUCCGAGAUCAUCGAAUCCAAGUGUUACAUCGCAUCCAAGUGUUACAUCGCCAUCUAACUUCUAUUCUCCUUUGGAUCCAUCGUUUCUUAUUUCUCCAGAAUCUGCAUAUAGUGUCACCUCAUACACUUCACCCUCGUCUAUCAGUACCAUAACGCCAUAUUCGCCUCCCUACGACUAUUCUCGUUCGGAGGAGCCGAACAAAAGUGGGGAAGCAGUCUUGGCGAGACUUCUUAGUUGGCCGAACAAAGAGGAAGUGACCGCAGCGGAAACUAAAGAACAAGAUGAGCGCAGAACCACUCCAGAGACCUCAGUCAGUAUGUCACCAGGAGAUCCUACACACAAGUGGGCUCCUACAGAUUUCAACCUGUGGAACUCCGUGGGUCCUGUUGCCAACAACCCCCAAGAGGAGCUACAAAGUAUGGGACCGAGGAGCUACAGCACCCAUCAACUUGGUGCUAAAGUCGAAAUGGUCUACAGUCUCCUUAGCAUGCUUGGCUCACAGGACCGCAGUGAAAUGACACGAACUCUGCUUUCCCUCAGUAAUUCACCCGAGAGCUGUCUUGCCAUGAGGCAAUCCGGUUGUCUUCCCCUGCUGGUGCAACUAGUGCACGGAGGUCAGGAGAGCCCAGCUGUGCGCCGAUGCGCCGCGCAGGCCUUGCACAAUCUGGUGCACUGCCAUACGGACGACAAGAAGGGACGAAGAGAAGCUAGAGUGCUGCGACUAGUAGAGCACAUUCAGGAAUAUUGCAGCAACCUCACUUCCUUUCAGUCAGAACCUGGCCAAGAAGACCCACACCCCUGUGUACACAUAGCUGCGCUGAUGAAGCUUUCUUUCGACGGAGAUCAUCGUGAAGCCAUGUGUCAGCUAGGAGCUCUACAAGCCAUCGCAUGUCUUAUUCAGGUGGACAAUGAGGCUCACGGUGCUGAAAGUAGCAACUACGACUGUGUGACGGUCAGACGCUACGGAGGUAUGGCCCUCACAAACCUCACCUUCGGAGACUGCAACAACAAGGCGUUACUGUGCUCUAUGAGAGGGUUUCUCGUUGCUCUGGUCGGGCAGUUGCAGUCUCCUAGCGAAGAUCUUAGACAGGUGACCGCAAGUGUUCUACGUAACUUGUCUUGGAGAGCCGACGCCCAGAGCAAGCAAGCGCUGCGCCAGGUGGACGCUUGCACUGCCCUCAUGGUAACGGCGAUGGACGUCAAGAAAGAAUCAACCAUCAAGUCCGUCCUAUCUGCCUUGUGGAACCUGUCUGCACACUGUAACAUGAACAAAGCUGACAUUUGUGCAGUGAAAGGAUCUUUGAAGUUUCUAGUGGAGAUGUUGAGGUUCCUUGACGCACCUUCCAAAACCCUUGCCAUAGUUGAAAACGCUGGAGGAAUUCUCCGAAACAUAUCUAGUCAUAUAGCCGUUAGAGAAGACUACAGGGCCAUCCUGAGGGAACACAACUGCAUCCCGCUGUUGCUACAGCAACUCAAGUCAGCAUCACUGACAGUUGUGUCCAACGCGUGUGGAACACUGUGGAAUUUGAGCGCUCGAUGUCCCCAGGACCAACGCACUCUAUGGGAGCUGGGAGCUGUGCCCAUGCUGCGCUCGCUAGUCCACUCCAAACACAAGAUGAUCAGCAUGGGAUCCUCAGCUGCGCUUAAGAACCUCAUGGCUGCCAGGCCAGAAGCUGACGUCAUGGACCGCGCCAGUAGAGGAUUGCCAUCCUUGCUGGUUCGCAAGCGUCGAGCACUUGAACAGGAGUUGGACUCCACAUUGACAGAGACUUGCGACAACAUAGAAGCAGUGGAGAGGUGGGACAGUCGCGAGUCCGUUACCAGCACCCAGUCAGAGAAUGUCUUUGACAGAAGCCAACGCUCCACUGUCUGCCAUCGUUCUGGAUCCCUUCAGAUACCUGGGCCAAGCAAAAGGCAUGAUUUAGAGUCUGAACCCAAACCUUUGGCUCCAGCCAGACGCAAGGAAGAAGAAAAACCUGAGGCACUUAUUGAGAGACUUACGCUUGAAGAAAGUUCCGUUACUUCUGACCAGCCGGUUAACUAUGGCCUCAAAUAUUCGGAGCAUGAAACCCAGCCAACAGUUGGACAAACGGAACAACCAGUUAACUACAGUCUGAAAUAUUCCGACGAAGAGACACAGCCAACAGUCGGAGAGACAGAACAACCGGUAACCUAUAGACGAAACUUUUCAAAGCAAGACACCACUCCGGCGAUCGCUGCUCAAGCAGAACAGCCUGUGAACUACAGCCUAAAAUAUCCGGAACAGGAGAAGGAGGUAGUUGACUACGCGGAGACUGAUCUUGAUCAACCAACCGACUAUAGCCUCAAGUACCGAGAAACUGACAAAGCUCCAGCUGACAGUAGCAAUGCUUACGCAGAAACAGACUUGGAUCAGCCCACAGAUUACAGUCUGCGCUACGCAGAGGAAGAUCCUGAGAAGCCCAAGACUUAUUGUACUGAAGGAACUCCAUACAACUUCUCCACGGCAACAUCACUUUCUGAUCUCUGUACUCAGGAUGCUGCUAACAAGUCCGUGGAAACCAAGAGUGGGGCAAUUUCACCAGUCGGAUCACUAACUCAUGAAGAUAACAUGAAUAUCAACAAUGUUCCUACCUCGAAUCAGGCUAAAGAAGAAACUAGGGAAGGUAAAGUGGUGACAUUUGAGACUCCGCUGAUGUUUUCUCGGUGCAGCUCGCUUGGCUCUCUCAGCAGCGUUGAGCCUCCCGAUGAUCGUAGCUCAGUCGUCAGUGAGUUUAGCCGUAUGACCAGUGGCAUGGUGUCUCCCAGUGAACUUCCAGAUUCCCCCACUCAAACUGUACCCCCCAGCCCUCAUAGUAUCAAGCCUCCAGUGCCCAUACCAGCUCCAGCCAAACCAGUGAGUGUGUUUGAAGAGAGAGUGUCAGUGUUCAAAGAGGAGAGUACACCAGUUCAAUUCUCUACAGCCACUAGCCUAAGCGACUUGACUUUUGAUGAUGAACCACCGAUGGAGGGGGAUCGGAAGUGCGACAUGAGUGAUCCGACUUCUGAUUUAGCUCCAGUUGAUGAAGAGGAAGACGAUGAUAUGUUGGCUGCCUGCAUCAACAUUGGAAUGCAGAAUAGCAACAGUUUCAGAAGAAACACAUCCAAGACACCCCCCGUGGUGAGAUGUGCUCCAACCCAGCGGCCCAGUGGGAUACCAGUCAAGGCUGCCUUGACUCGAGCUUCCCCUCCCACCAAGUCUUCCAUCCCUGACAGUGAGGUUCUCGAUGACUGCACCAAAGUGUUUGUGACUGAAGACACUCCUGCCAACAUCAGCCAUGCAACAUCUCAUUCUGAUCUGUCUAACCUGUGUGCUUUGUCUGAUGACUCGGACCAUGACAACAUCUUGGCAGAGUGCAUCCAGUCAGGCAUGCCUCAGGCUCGAUUAACGCCGAAUAAUAGUAACAUCAAGAAACCAACAAAGGUGGCGACAGUGUUGCCAAUGCCAGUGAAGACUUCAUUGCUACCACAACGACAAAGUCAAUCUCCUAAUUUACCCAAUGUGGUUCCAAAACCUGUUCAACAGUUGACUCAAAGGGUGAAAGAUGACUCUACCAAAGAAGGAUACCAUGAUGUAGCUGAAAUAAACUCCAAACCCAAUAGGUGUCAAGCCAUGUCACCAGUUCCUGAUGACAAAUCUUCACCUUUGUCAUCUCUUGAUCCUGAUGUUGAGGAAGCAGUGACAGUCCUUUCUCGUCAACCGAGUACAGGAUCACUUAGUGGAGAAUGGACAGAGGACCAAGUGACGUUGUCAGAACAGGUUCUUCUAGAGCAGUGUAUCACCUCUGGGAUGCCUAAGACAAAAAACGGAGUAAACCCGUCUGUCGGCGGGGCGAUGGGUGCGGGGCCGGCAGACGACGGAGGCGCUAGUGACACUUCCCCGUCGUUCCCCAGCAUCAGUCUGACUGCGCCUCUCAUAUCAUCGUACAAGAGUUUGGAGGAGUCAGGACACGCACCACUCAUCCACCUCGAGUCUGGAAAGGUUGGUAUCAUCAGCAACCUCGAGAUGGAGAGCAGUCUACACUCAGUGGACCUGGAGGCUGUAAGACCUCCCUCGUGUAUGGGAAGUCUGCUCAGUCUGACUGCUAGUGUGAGUGAGACAGACAGACGCAAGCCUCGCUCACUGCUGCCUCCUCUCAGCUGGAAUAACAUUGAUUCCAUCAAGCCACCCUCCGGCAUGGACGAGGUGAUGGAGUUAGAGAACAGCAUCUUAUCCUGUGCCAGUAUAACCUCCGAGGUGGCUGAUUCUCCUCCUGGCAGUGAAGACGUUACUCUGGCAGAAUCUGAACAACCUUCCUCCCUCACCCCCCGGCUCACACCCAAGAUGAAGAGGCAGAUGCUCAAAGACAGGUUCAACACAUACACAAUCACUGGUGACAAGUCAAGCAGGGACAGUUCGCUGGAUGCUGAUGUCAACUUGGACUCAGAAAUAGCAGAACCCCCCGUAGAGCCUUCUUCUCCAGCCAAACCCAAGAAGAUGACACCCAAACAGCGACGGCUGGUGGACAAGGAGAGAUUCCGAACAAGGACUUUGGGUGACGAACAGAUCCCAGUUCCUCUCUCCCCUCGAGAAAAAAGAUUAGCCGACAAGGAACGUUUUAGAACGCAGACAUUAGAUGCCCCGGCAAUCAUAUCUGCAGAAAUCCCUGAUGUAACAUCUACUACCGGAACUGUACCAAUGACAUCAGAAUGUGCGAAUGAAGAAGAGAAUGAAAGCGACGAUGAAAAGUAUGAAAAUGAUGCUGAAGGUAGCGCCGACGAUAAACCCAAACCAGUUGUUGUAAAACCUCUUGAAGUCAAGUCUGUGAGGGGAAGAAAGAAGGUGCGGAGUCACAUUCCCGUCGUCAGUAGGAGUCCUGCGAAUAAGUCUAAAUCACCGAAACCUCCACCACCUUUGCAGCGGCAAGGGACUUUCACCAAAGACGAACCUCAAGUUUCUUCAGGAAUACCGGUGUUCACCAACUCGUCUGCCAAGAAGCAAAUUCCGGUGAAGAAGAAGACAAUUUCCGGAGCCACGGGGAUCCCUGCUGCUCCCUUGAGCAAGAAGGUGGUAGCCAGCGUAGGGAGAGGAAGAGCUGGCAGUUUGCCAAGAAGUGAGGCAACACCGAAGCCUGCAACCGGAGUGCGAUCGUCCAAGUCAAACCAAAGUUUGAAAAGCGAGACUCUGGGUCCAGGAGCAAGAUGGAAUAGCAACUCAAGCCUCCACACACCUGCCCACGCUCCUACCCCUGCCACCAGCAAGAUUGCCAGUCUCUGGAAGAAAGUAGAGGACUCCAAGAAGAAGAAGGAAGCUGAGGGAAAGGACAAGAGGGUCUGGAUCGGUCCCAACUCCACACCUUUACAUUCCAAACAGGCCGUGUGAAAAAAAGGCUUCUGAGCUUUAACCUCCUACUGUAUAUAAUUAUUGUCAGUUAAGUUUUUAAGACUUGCUGGGCACAGAAAACGGCGUAAUUGUUUCAUAUGAGAAAGUGUGUAAGGCUACGUUUUUAAACUUUUUGUACUAGCGAUAUAGCCUGCAAUUA